AUGGAGCCCGCCCGCUGCGGCCCCCUCCUGCCGCCCCGCUACGAGCCCGGCCCCGCCGCCCUCUGCGCCCUCGGCUGCCUCUUCGGUGUCGUCUACAGCUGCUUCGGGUACCGCUGCUUCAAGGCCAUCAUGUUCCUCUCGGGGCUGCUGCUGGGCUCGGGCGUCAUCUUCGCGCUGUGCUACAAGGAGCAGGUGCUGGAGACGCAGCUGAGCGUGGAGGCGAGCGCGGGCAUCGCGCUGGGCAUCGGGGCGCUCUGCGGGCUCGUCACCCUGCUGCUGCGCAGCGUGGGGCUCUUCGCCACGGGGCUGCAGCUGGGGCUGCUGCUGGCGGCGGCGGCGCUGCUGGCGGCCGAGCCGCUGGGGCGGCCGCAGAGCGCGUGGGUGCCGGCGGGCGCGCUCGUGGCGUGCGCCGACUACGCGCUCGAGGCGCUGGCGCUCGUGCUGUACGUGUCGGAGCGCCUGCGGCUGGCGCCGCCGCGGCCGCUCUGCUGGCCCGCGUGGAGCUACAUCCGCAGCGUGCGGGAGCGGCAGCAGGAAGGCGGCGCCGCGACGGGCCCCGAGCGCCGCGGGGACCCCCCCGCCGCCCCACACCUGCCCUAG